AUGUCUGAUGCAGAAGAGGAGCAUGAAGAAAGCAAAACCCCAAGGGAAGAAUUGGCUGAAGAAACCAGCCUGGCAGAGAGAAUCUCCACAUUGGUACGGAGUGGGGGCGUCAUCGCCACACUGGCAGAUGACACGGAUGUCAUAUUGGGCAUUCAAUGGAUGGAGACCCUCAACCAGUACACACAGAGCUUCAAACGGAUGGAGUUCUCAUUUGAGGUUGAUGGCAAGAAGGUGGUUCUUAGGAGAAUGUCGAAUGGCGGCCCAAGGGAGAUUUCUACCAAAAGGAUGGAAGCCAUCUUCAGACAUGAUGAAGUAGUCUGGGCAACACAUUGCUUGAUCUCAACAAAACCUGUGAAAGGGCAACUGACUCACUAUCAGGAUGGGGAACUUCAGUCAGUUCUGGAUGGGCAUAGCUUGGUCUUCAUUGAUAUUCCACCUGGUAUACCCCCACAAAGAGGUUAUUAUAGAAGGUUUGUGAACGGAUUUUCACAACUUGGGGCACCACUGACAGAUCUGACAAAGAAAGGAUCCUUCCAUUGGAAUGCACAAGCACAACAGACCUUCGACAAACUAAAAGAAGUGAUGAGCACGUGUCCAGUUCUGGCACUACCAAACUUCACUCGCCCUUUCAUCCUGGAGUGUGAUGCCUCAGGUGAAGGCAUUGGAGCGGUGUUGAUGCAAGACCAUCACCCCAUUGCGUUCGAGAGCUGGAAGCUCUUGGGAGUUGAGCAGUAA